AUGCAGCACCUAAUGGGAAUCGAGGGAGUGAUAGUAAAUCUUGUGCAAGAGAUCACGGAGGCGGUGUCAGAUAUGAUUAAGCCAACAAUAGCAGAAGACGUGCGGGAGGGGGGGCACAAGAAUCUAUUGGAAGGAGACAGGAAGAUGCAAAUGCAAGUGAAAUCAAAGCUAGAGUUCUCGAAGAGGGAGCUUUAUUUUCUUUUGAAGCUGAUUCCAGAUUUGAUACAACUCUAA